AUGUCGGCACUACGGAUCCUCGUCCCUGUGAAGCGGGUUAUCGACUAUGCGGUCAAGCCCCGAGUGAACAAGGCCCAGACGGGCGUCGAGACGGCCGGCGUCAAGCACUCGAUGAACCCCUUUGACGAGCUCUCGGUCGAGGAGUCUGUGCGCAUCCGCGAGAAGAAGCGAGCCCCCGGUGGUGUUGAGGACAUCUGCGUCAUCUCGGCUGGACCCCCCAAGGCACAGGACGUGCUCCGGACGGCGAUGGCGAUGGGCGCGGACCGCGGCAUCCAUGUGGAGCUCAAGGACGGCGAGGAACUGGAGCCCCUGACGGUGGCCAAGCUCCUGCGACAGGCGGCGGAGCAGCAGAAGAGCAACCUGGUGGUGCUGGGCAAGCAGAGCAUCGACGACGACGCCAACCAGACGGGCCAGAUGUUGGCGGGUCUCCUGGGCUGGCCGCAGGCGACGCAGGCGAGCAAGGUCGAGUUCGGCGCCGGCGACGAGGUGAUUGUGACCAAGGAGGUGGACGGCGGCGUCGAGACGGUUAAGGCCAAGCUGCCCCUGGUGAUCACGACGGACCUGCGGCUCAACGAGCCCCGGUACGCCAGCCUGCCCAACAUCAUGAAGGCCAAGAAGAAGAAGCUCGAAAAGGUCAAGCUGUCCGACUUUGGGCUGGACAAUGAGAAGCGCCUCAAGGUGCUCAAGGUUGCCGAGCCUCCCACUCGACAGGGUGGUGGCAAGGUCGAGGAUGUUGGUGGCCUGGUUAGCAAGCUCAAGGAGCUUGGUGCGCUGUAA